CAAAUACAGCGGAAGUACCAAGACCUAGAACAACCAGGUUAUAUGAAUGCUUCUAUCAAUGAGUAUUUCAAUGGCCCAAUGAAGAAUUAGUUUUACACUGAGAAAACGCAAGGGAACGAAAAAGAUGGCAAAUUCAGAGAUGGCAUUGUUGACAGAAAAGCGUUUAAAGGAAAUGGAGGCGGAAAUGAACCGCUUUGAGCAGGAGAUUCUGGUUCCAAAGGACUUUGAUGCAGGAGGAAGGCGUAUGAUCAUUGGGGCUGGAACGUUUAAUAAGGUCAAAGCUCAGAUAAGAGGAGGAGAUGAUCAGCCACCACUCAAAAUGGCCCGUCCUGAUGGCCCAGGUCCAGGUCCAGGGCCUCAUUCAGGGCCAAAGCCAUCAAACUCCGAGGGCCCCCAGUACUCAGAUCCAAACAUACCCUUAUCAGUGUUAGCAGCACCACCCCCUCCUCCUCCAUCAUUGAUGUCAUCGUCCUCCAGAUCCUCAUCCUCAGGGGUGCCAAAUUUAGCCCCGCCCCCACCCCCACCACCAUCGAUGCGGCCCAAUCUCCCAUUUGUUCCUCACCAAAUCAGGCACAGGAUGCCCCCACCCCCACCUCCUCAUGCUGGACCCCCAGGACAAGGGCUCCCUCGACCCCCACAUCACUUCAUGGGGGGACAAAGCGGACAUGACCCUUACUCUGGAGGAUACCAGGGUCCGCCUCAUUCACAGCCCAUGCUCCACCGGGGACCUCCAAUGAGGCCACCUUAUGGGGGGCCAGGACCCCAGGGUCCGAUGCCAAUGGGACCCAAUCCUCCCUAUCAUGGAGGUCCUCCCAUGGAACAGAAGAAAGAUCCAGUGAUAGAGAAACCCAGAGUUGUCUACUCUUCUGCCCCGAUUAUCAACAAACCUGAGAAAAAGAAGAAGAGAAAGAAAGAUAACUCUGAGGAAGGAGGCGGUGGAAACAAUAUGGUAACAGGUGACCAAAGUAAAGUGGGACCGCCCGUGGACAUAGCACCAUCAGGGAGUUUCAUCCCACCGCCAGAGGUCAUGACACAUGAACAGAUACACGAACCUGAACCUGUGUUGGAAACUGUGACAAAGAAAGAGAAGAAAGAGAAAAAGCCAAAGAAAAUUAUUCGUACAGCUGCUGGGGAGACAUGGGAGGAUCAUUCCCUGGAAGAAUGGGAAAAAGAUGAUUUUCGGAUCUUUUGUGGAGAUUUAGGAAACGAAGUGACAGAGGAAGUUUUGGCCCGUGCAUUUAGUAGAUAUCCCUCAUUUUUAAAGUCCAAAGUUGUGCGAGACAAACGAACAAACAAAACAAAGGGAUAUGGAUUUGUCAGCUUCAAAGAUCCAAAUGAUUUUGUCCAAGCCAUGCGUGAAAUGAAUGGAAAGUACGUGGGAAAUCGGCCAAUAAAGCUUAGGAAAAGCGCAUGGAAGGACAGGAAUAUUGAAAUAGUCCGGAAAAAGGAGAAGGAAAAGAAGCGGCUGGGUCUCCGGUAAUGUGGCUAAGGCGUGAGGGAUUAGAUGUACGAUGGAAGACCUUCAAAUUCAUAUUUCUUGUUUUAUGACUGGAGAGGCUAUGUGACUAAAUUAAUCAACUGUGAAUGUGAGCGCUGAACGUUGUUCAAUUUGUUAUAAAUUGAAGACCAGGGAUGUUUUUUUUCUACUUCA